UCCAAAAAGCAUUUCCUGUUUUCAAGCAAAACAUGGCAGCAAGAGCACCGUAUAAUGCGACGGCAAGGACACAUUCGGAAGUGGACAGCAGUCUUCACCCAUCGCCGUGGAAUUCGCCGGUACCGUACUUGAUCGGCGGGUUGGCCGCCAUGCUGGGUCUCAUAGCGUUUGCUCUCCUCAUCCUCGCAUGUUCUUAUUGGAAGCUGUCAGGUUAUUUGGAGGAGGAGGGGUCAUCGGAGCAAGCCGAGAGAGACUUGGAAGCUGGGGAAGGUAAAGGGGGAGACGAUACUCGGCUUCGGCCUGUUAUGGAACCCAAGGUUCUUGUUAUAAUGGCGGGACAAGUGAAGCCAACAUUCUUGGCCACCCCCAUUGGCUCUUCUACCCGGUCCUUCUCCUUUGGUGAAAACAGUGAAAAGACAUGCCGCUGUAAUGAUAAGGGAGAUGAACUGGUUGGCGACGCCGGUGGCGGCGGUAAUCGUCAUGAGAGUACGGUGGCGCAACGAUCAUCAUCAUGGCUGGACCUUUGAUGAUCGAGUUUUGUGGGUGUUGGGGUUGGGCUUUCCAAGGUGAGUUUUUUUUGUCCAAGGGUAAUGGUGUGGGUGUUCUCUGUAUAUCAGCUUUUGAGCUUGCAAAUGCAUGCUCCAUUGAUGUUAGCUUUAGCUUUUUUUUCUUCUGUUAUUAUUUGCCUCUUUUCUCUUUCCCUUUUCUUAUGGUUUCGGGAAAUGUAAAUUUUAAUGAGAUGGGAUGCUGCGAAGGAAUUCACUUUCCUAUUUU